UACUUAAAUCAGUUACAGUCGAUUUACCACAGCUAUGGUAUAUUAACGGCUUAUAACUUAAGAUUAAAUGACACAUAAAAUAAGUCAUUAAAAAUUCGUUAAAUCAUACCUGACGUAUAAUGCUCAUAUUCUAAACAUAUAAAGAAUGAUUCAAGAAUCGUUGAUUAAACGCUGUGUAAAGAAAAUAACGGAUAAUCAUGACGUUAAGAUAACGUACGGCAAGCUUUCUACAGUGAUUCUUGUACUAACCAUUUCGGGAGCAUCACUGGCUGGUUUAGCAAAACUGUUAAAUACUGCAUCAGAUAUAGCUGGAACGCUCGGAACGGAAAAGUGUGGACAGAUACCGCAUGAAAACGACUGCGUGAUCAACUGGUGUUAUCAUGGCAUGCUGAAGGGAAUUUACUGGAAAUACAUGGGAGUAUGCACGCAUCCUUGUACAAAGGAAGUAGAGACCGUGUUUUAUGAAAGCAGACGUGGCGCUGUUGAACAUUGUCUACAAAACCUAAUGACGAAAAUCUCAGAACACGAAAAAUAUAAAACACAGGAUUUAGAAGAACAUAUAAAACAUGAAGAAAAUGAAAAACAUAAGAAAUAUGAAGAACAUAAAAAACAUGAAGAGAUAUAGAAACAAACGUUUUUAUUUUUAAUUAGAAGGAUUUUGUUGAUUUGUCUAUCUUGUUAUCAAUGCAUAAAUAAUUUUGAAAAAAAAAUGGAUUGCCUAUUUUUCCCAGUUCCCAUUUAUUCAUAUUUUUGUUCGUCUGUUUGCAUAAAAUAUAUAUCAUUUUGUUAAUAUUUUCAUGUAUAUUAUGUCUAAUUAAAUUUUUACAUAUGAAUGUUGUGUUGUUAAUGUGUACUAUAUAAUGUAACGAAACUGUGAAAAGUACGAAAACCUGCACCUUAAAAGUCCCAAACUUAUCUGGUCAUCUUCAACGUAGAUAUGACCUUCUGUAUUAGCAUUAGCUUAUCUUUAAGUUCAGACAUGGUCGUUCAAGAAAUGGUAGAAUGUAAAGUAAAUAAAUCACAAAUUAACUCUAAAUGAACAAGAUUUGAAACGCAAUAAAAUUACAUUCGUCAGACAACUAGCCUAUGUAUUAGUAUGUAAAUUAUGAAUAUUCUUUUUAAUUAGUAAACCUACUCGCACAUGGUUGGUCGUAUGGCUUUUGGAGAAUGGCGACCGCAUUUUCUGACAUCAUUUCUUUUUUAUUUCUUGAAAAGAAAACUAAACACUAUAUAUAAUUCGAGCCACGGUUGGCAUGAAAUACAAUACUGCAUAAUAAACAGCAGUCUUUUCCUAAUUAAAUAAUGAUUCUGUUUUUUUUUUUUAUAAUCAUGUGUUAAGGCUUGCAUCUGUCUGUUGUCUUACAGACAUUUAUGUAAUUUACAAUGCACUAUUCAAAUGUAAUCCAUCGGCAAGAUAUUUUGAUACCGCAAGAUUUGACGAGGACAAUAACGUAGACAUUCUUUGAUGUUUCAAAAUUCCUAUCAAGUCUGACAUGCUAUUUAUAGAAAAUGCGUAAACAGAUUCCCAAUAAUGUUUUACAUUUGGUUUAAAAUUAAAGUACAAAUAAUUUGAACUGCGUAAUACGUAAGGGGUACUAGAAGGGUAUGCUAAAUUUAAUAUAUGAAUUUGUAAAAUAUACCACACCGCAUGUCCACAUGAAUUGUGUCGCAAACGUAUCGUAUCCCUUUUUUGAGACUCAAAGAAAUAUAUUUUUGUUCAGCCAUUCCUUGCGGAAUCAUCCUAAAUGUGGAUAUUUUUCAUUGGGUUUUGCGUGGAAAAUAUCAUAUAUAAGGCCUAAAGUUUAAUGCGGUUAACCCAUGUAACACACAACAGGACUAUUUGAAUAUAAAAAAUAAGGUAUUGAUUUUUUUGUUAUUGUCUUGCAUGAUUUUUUAAAAAUGAAAAUAAAAAUGCCAAUAAUAAAAUGUA